GUUUUUUGUCAACCCGGUCAGCCAGACGUCACGUCCGGUAUUUUCGGGUUAGCGAAACAGGUCCUCGGUUUGUGUUGUGUCGGGUUUAAAUCCCCGUUUUUUAGGGGGGGGGACAGACUUGCUUGGGACGCCGGGCGUCGUUUUCAAUAACAGGGGGACUGGAGGUGUCGUUUUAGGGAAGGCUGACCGUGCGAAUCGCCAGGGGAGCAGGUGCAAUAAGGUGUAGUGUAGCUCGUUCCCGGAGACGGAGGAAGAUUUCUUUUGUGAAGUCCACUUCCGCCGACGAGAAUGUUGUUUUGCUUGUGGGAUUUUCACCAGACGCGACGAAAAAUUUAAAGCCACUUCCCAUCAGGAUUAUAUAUAUAUACACACAGAUAUCCGUAUCUAACAGAAGCGUUCAGUGCAUGCAACCGGCAGUUAAAGCACAAAGAGGGGUUUCGGAAUCGGUUCCUUUGUGCAAAACAGCGAAAUAUUUCGGUUUGUGGUUCAAAACAGCCGUAUGUAUCGACUUAGAUAGCGUCCAUUGAGCUACCAUUUUUUUUAUAUAAAUACGGUAUAGAAACGGGCUUGCAGGCUUAUCCCUGGUGGGAGACCCCAGUGUAAUUUAUCUUCACAGCGCUCGACACGACACAAAAAGAUGUUCCGGUAUUUGAGCGAUGUGGACGAAAACCCUUUUGUGAUGGAUCCUUUCACAGCCCACCGGCAGCACAUGCGGAGUCUGUUUGGGUCGUUUGGAUUUGACCCAUUUCCUCUGAGCCCUCAAAUACAGCCCAGCAGGACUCCGCAAAUACAGGCUGCAGGUGCUCUCUCCCCCUUUGGCAUGAUGGGAAUGGGAGCAGGAGGUGGCUUCAUGGAUAUGUUUGGGAUGAUGAGUGGCAUGAUGGAGAAUAUGGAGCGAAUGUCGGGCAGCCAGAUGUAUUCCUCCUCCACAGUCAUCUCCUACUCCAGCUCGGGAUCCGGGGCGCCCAAGGUGUACCAGCAGACCAGCGAGAUGAGGGCUGCCCCUGGAGGGAUCAGAGAGACCCUCCAGACGAUCCGCGACUCGGAGAGCGGGCUGGAGCGCAUGUCCAUCGGCCACCACAUCCGGGACCGCGGCCACGUGAUGGAGAGAUCGCGGAACCGCAAGACGGGGGACCGCGAGGAAAGGCAGGACUUCAUCAACCUGGAAGAGAGUGAGGCCGCCGCGUUUGACGAGGAGUGGCGGCGGGAAACGGCGCGGUACCCUCCCCCGUCCCUGCGGGGGCUGGACUACGGGCGGGAGCGCAGCGGAGGGGGCCGGGGGGGCCAGCUGGCCCUGCCCGCCCCCCAGAGCUCCCCCUCCGGCAGCCCCCGCGCUCCCCCCCCCUCCCGGAGGUACGACUGGUGACCAUCGCACCGGCCGAGGACGGGGAAGCCAGCCGUGGAUGAAUGACAGUGUGGAGGAUAACAUCAUGAUUAUACUGUGGGAGAGGUGAAGAAUUGAAGAUGCUGAAGACAAUAGACUGUCUAUAAACACUGUGUAUAUAUAUACACGCACAUACAACAUAAACAUUUGUUACACAUCUGUAAACUCACUCUGACAUGCCUGUUAACAGACUGACGGACUCACGAACGCACACACUGACACUCAUUAACAUGCACACCCUACACACACACUGUCUCUGUCUAUAAAGCAACAGCACAGUGUCUCUCAGUGUGGAUUGAGAUGUACGCUGUCAAACUGUUUAAUUCCUUAAUAAAGAUCAUUAUUGGCGUUGUUAAAUA